AUGUCUGUGCAUAUAUUUCCUGGGCCUCAAGCUCUUUCGCAGUUUAGAGUGGAGAACUUGAUUAGAGAAUUAGAGUGUAACUGUAAUAGCACUGGUUUCAUUCAUGAGGUGCGCACCUGUUACAUUCAUUAUGCUGAGACUUUACAAGAACUGACUCAAGAGGAUCAGCGCUUACUGCAAGCUUUAUUGACCUAUGAUACUGCUGUGGACUUGGAUGAUCCAUUUAACAGGUUGCUAGUAGAUGCUGUGGAAACUCAAAAGCCUUGUGUAUUGGGUAACGAUAGCUAUUUGAUUAGGAUUGUCCCUCGUCCCGGUACGAUCUCGCCAUGGUCUUCUAAGGCCACCAAUAUUGCACACGUCUGCAGUCUAAGAGGUAAGGUUAACCGUUUGGAAAGAGGAAUUGCUCUCUUAAUAAAGACGGUCCCCAAUUUUCCUCUUUUAGGGAACCUGAAUGAUACAUCUUUGAAGUCCUGCUAUGAUAGAAUGACCCAAGAACUAUACCUAUGUGAUCCACCCUCUAUGGAACAGAUGUUUUUACACAGAACUCCCAAGCCAUUGGUGAAGGUUCCACUUGAUGUUCCCAACGUGUCUUCGAAGGAAGUAUUGUCCAAUGUUAACUUAGAACUUGGGCUUGCUUUGGAUGAUGGUGAGAUUGAUUAUUUGAUUCGGGCAUUUGUUGAAACUAUGAAGAGAGAUCCAACUGAUGUUGAGCUAUUCAUGUUUGCACAAGUGAAUUCUGAGCACUGCCGUCAUAAGAUAUUCAACGCGGAUUGGACUAUUGAUGGAAUAAGGAAGGAAUUAUCGCUGUUUAAGAUGAUCAAGAACACCCACGAACAUACUCCAGAAUAUACUAUGUCAGCUUACUCGGAUAACGCCGCUGUAUUAGAUACUGAGCACAUGGCCUACUAUUUUGCGCCAAACUCCAACACCAAAGAAUGGGUUUCUACUAAGGAGAGUGUUCCGAUGUUAGUUAAGGUGGAAACGCACAAUCAUCCCACAGCUGUUUCGCCCUUCCCUGGUGCUGCAACAGGUUCGGGUGGGGAAAUCAGAGACGAGGGCGCUACUGGAAGAGGUUCGAAAUCCAAAUGUGGACUCUCUGGUUUCACUGUUAGUGAUUUAUUAAUUCCAGGGCACAGGCAGCCAUGGGAGUUGGAUGUUGGUAAACCCGCUCACAUUGCGUCCGCAUUUGAUAUUAUGAUGGAGGCCCCAUUGGGCUCAGCCGCAUUUAACAAUGAAUUUGGUAGACCGUGUAUUAAUGGUUAUUUCAGAACUCUUACAACCACGGUUAAGAAUUUUGACGGCCAGGAUGAAAUAAGGGGUUUCCAUAAGCCUAUAAUGAUCGCUGGUGGAUUUGGUACAGUUAGACCACAAUUUGCUUUGAAAAACAAACCAAUCACCCCAGGAUCUUGUUUGAUUGUUCUUGGAGGCGAGUCUAUGUUGAUUGGGUUAGGUGGUGGUGCCGCAUCUUCCGUUUCCUCAGGAGAAACAUCGGCGCACCUGGACUUUGCAUCGGUUCAAAGAGGUAACCCAGAGAUGGAAAGGCGUUGUCAACAAGUUAUUGAUUCGUGCAUCUCAAUGGGCGAUGAUAAUCCAAUUCAAUCCAUUCAUGAUGUUGGUGCUGGUGGUUUAUCCAAUGCUUUACCAGAAUUAGUCCAUGACAAUGGCUUGGGUGCUAAAUUUGAUAUCAGAAAGGUUCCAUCUUUGGAGCCAGGUAUGUCGCCAAUGGAAAUAUGGUGUAAUGAGUCGCAAGAACGUUACGUAUUAGGUGUAUCUCAGUAUGAUUUUGCUGUGUUUAAAAGUAUCUGUGAAAGAGAAAGGGCGCCAUUUUCUGUAGUGGGCCAUGCAACUGCUGAGCAAAGGCUCAUUGUUGAAGAUUCGUUGCUACAUACUGUCCCAAUCGACUUGGAGAUGCAGAUACUAUUUGGGAAACCUCCUAAGAUGUCUAGAUCUACGACCACCAAACCACUUUUGUUAGAUUCUCCACAACUAUCCCAAAUACCUAGUUUGAACCAGGCUAUUGAUCGUGUUUUAAAUUUACCAUCAGUUGCUUCUAAGUCUUUCUUAAUUACAAUUGGUGAUAGAAGUGUUACUGGAUUGGUAGAUAGGGAUCAAUUUGUUGGGCCAUGGCAGGUUCCUGUUGCCGACGUCGGGGUUACAUGUACUUCUUUGGGUAGCAGUAUUAUCUCCACUGGUGAAGCAUUGGCAAUGGGUGAAAGGCCUCAGAAUGCUUUAAUCAGCGCUGCUGCAUCCGCCAAGUUAGCUGUUGCCGAAUCUCUGUUAAAUAUUUUCGCUGCGGAUAUCAUAUCUUUGAAGCAUGUGAAACUAUCAGCGAACUGGAUGUCUCCAGCUUCUCAUUCAGGUGAAGGCGCCAAGUUGUAUGAAGCGGUUCAAGCGGUAGGCCUUGACCUGUGCCCAGACUUGGACAUUUCAAUACCUGUAGGAAAGGAUUCUAUGUCUAUGAAAAUGAAAUUUGAAGAUAAAGAAGUUACUGCUCCAUUAUCUUUAAUUGUUACUGCAUUCGCCCCAGUUAGGAAUACGUCAAACACUUGGACAGCAGUACUAAAAAGAAGUAUCGCUGAUUCCGUUUUGGUUUUGGUAGAUUUAUCUUUUGACAAACCGAAGUCCUUAGGGGGAUCCGCAUUACUGCAGGUUUACAACCAAUUAGGCGACACUUCUCCAACCGUUCAUAGCAACUCAAUCUUGAAAGGUUUCUUGGAAGCAUUGAUCGAGUUGCAUAGUACCGAUAUUGUUCAUGCUUACCAUGACAGAUCUGAUGGUGGUCUGCUAGUAACUUUAUUGGAGAUGGCGUUUGCAUCUAGGUGUGGGAUGGAAAUAACUGCUGAGACUUCGUUGUACUCAGGAGAUGCAUUUGUUCCUCUGUUUAACGAAGAGCUAGGUGCUGUUUUCCAAAUUUCUUCAUCCAAGAUUAAAGAAUUCAAAUCUAUAAUUGAAAGGCAUGGUGUUCCAGCAAGUUCUGUGACUGUUGUUGCCAAACCAAAUUUUAACUCUAACUCUAUUACCAUUUUAACUGAUAGUGGUGAACAAAUAUUUGAAAGUACAAGAGGCAAGUUACAAGAGGUUUGGUCAGCAACGUCAUACGAAAUGCAAAGAUUGAGAGAUAAUCCUCUAACUGCUGAAGAAGAAUAUUCUGCUAUCGCUGAUGAAAAGGACCCAGGUAUUCAAUAUCAUCUGACUUUCAGCCCCACUGAUGAUCUCAAGAUUGGUAAACAGUUGCAGUCUGUAAGGCCUAGAGUCGCUAUUUUGAGAGAACAAGGUGUUAAUGGUCAGAUGGAGAUGGCUUGGUGUUUCCAGCAAGCAGGUUUCCAAUCAAUUGAUGUUACCAUGACCGAUUUAAUUGAAGGUCGAGCUAACUUGGAUGAUUUUGUAGGGCUUGCUGCUUGUGGCGGAUUUUCGUAUGGUGAUGUUCUUGGAGCAGCUGCUGGUUGGGCUAAGUCUGUUUUAUACAACGAUGAUCUGUACAAGCAGUUUUUCAAGUUUUUUCAACAAAGAGAUGAUACCUUUGCUUUCGGUGCAUGUAACGGUUGCCAAUUUCUAUCAAGACUCAAAGACAUCAUCCCUGGCUGCGAAAAUUGGCCAAGUUUUGAACGAAAUCUAAGUGAACAAUUUGAAGCACGUACAUGUAUGGUCGAAGUCGUGCAAGAUGAAGGAUGUGAAGUCGACAGUGUUUUCUUGAAUGGGAUGGUUGGUUCCAAACUGCCAAUUGCGGUUUCACACGGCGAAGGAAGGAUUGUUUUCAAAGAUCAGGCUCAAUCGAUUGGCUUUGAGAAACAAGGACUAGCCAUCAUCAGAUAUCUUGAUAACUACGGAAAUGUGACAGAAAAAUUCCCAUUUAAUCCAAAUGGCUCACCAAAUGGUGUGACUGGUAUCCGGUCGCCAAAUGGACGUGUUUUGGCUAUGAUGCCGCACCCUGAACGUGUAUGCAGAUUAGAGGCGAACUCCUGGUACCCUGAGGGGAAAUAUGAAGAAUGGGAGGGGUAUGGCCCCUGGAUCAGAUUAUUUAGAUCAGCAAGAAGAUGGGUUGGCUAG